CCCCGCCCCCAAUUAGGAAACAAUUGCCGCCAUUAAACGCCGUCGCGCUGCCUGUGACCUCACGUGGUGAGACGUCUGACGUCCGCGAGUCGGCUGCGCGGGGACCGGGCGGGCGGCCUCGGGGUGUGAAGAGAAAACAAUGACAAUACAAUGGGUGGCAGUUGCCAGCUUUCUUUAUGCCGAAAUAGGACUCAUUUUAAUCUUCUGUCUACCUUUCAUUCCUCCUCAGAGAUGGCAGAAGAUUUUUUCAUUUAGUGUCUGGGGUAAAAUUGCAACUUUUUGGAAUAAAGCUUUCCUUACCAUUAUUGUCCUAUUGAUUGUUCUGUUUCUAGAUGCUGUGAGAGAAGUAAGGAAAUAUUCCACUACUCAUGCCUUGGAGAAGAGUACAACCAACAGACCUGGUGCCUAUGAGCAUUCACAGAUGAAACUUUUUAGGUCCCAAAGGAAUCUUUAUAUCUCUGGAUUUUCAUUAUUUUUUUGGCUAGUGUUGAGACGUCUGGUUACACUUAUUACUCAGCUGGCAAAAGAACUAUCGAACAAAAGCGUGCUUAAAACUCAAGCAGAAAAUACUAACAAGGCUGCCAAACGGUUCAUGGAAGAGAAUGAAAAACUAAAAUGGAUUUUGAAAAGCCAGGAUAAGGAUGGAGGACACAUUUUGGAAGCUGAAAAUAAAAAACUAGUAGAAGACCAAGAAAAACUGAGAACCGAACUAAAGAAGACCUCAGAUGCCCUUUUUAAGGCACAAAAUGAUGUAAUGAGUAUGAAGGUUCAGUCAGAGAGACUUUCAAAAGAAUAUGACCAACUCUUGAAAGAACACUCAGAACUUCAGAAUCGUUUAGAUAAAGGCAAUAAGAAAGGACAGUGAACUUCUC